AACACUGCCAUUGGUAUUCGCCCGCCAUAUUGUAUCGGCUUAUUGCAUUAUUUCUGUUGUAUUGGUUGGUAUCGUUUGGUGUUGCUAUUCUAAAAGAAUUCAACCGUUUUCGUUUGAAGUGAAAUCAAUUUCCUCCAAACAGAAGUAGUGACAAACGUAUGGCUGAACUUCAAGUCGUCGUGAAUCAGGAAGUGCAGUUAGGAUUGGAAAAUUCCAAUUCCGUGGCAACUAGAGGCAUGUUUGAUCCGGUGGCUCAUGAUCUUGAUGCAUCUUUCAGGCUGACUCGUUUUGCUGACUUAAAAGGAUGAGGGUGUAAAGUCCCCCAAGGGGUUCUUAUGAAACUCUUGGAGGGACUCCAGCAAGACGAGAAUAUUGCCAAUGAUCAAGAUCAUGCCCACUUUAUGCACAUGGCUGUGCCACGAAUUGGAAUUGGAAUGGAUGCUUCAGUCACGCCUUUGAGGCACGGUGGUCUGUCCCUCGUUCAAACGACAGAUUUCUUUUAUCCGUUGGUCGAUGAUCCUUACGUGAUGGGCAAAAUCACUUGUGCGAAUGUGCUAAGUGAUCUUUAUGCAAUGGGCGUGACAGAAUGUGACAAUAUGUUGAUGCUGCUUGGCAUUUCAACAAAAAUGACUGAGAAAGAGAGGGACGUCGUUAUUCCGCUAAUCAUCAAGGGAUUCAAAGAUACUGCGACAGAAGCGUGUGUGGCAGUGACGGGCGGACAAACUGUGCUAAAUCCUUGGUGCACAAUCGGAGGUGUAGCCACAACCAUUUGUCAACCCAACGAAUACAUAGUGCCAGACAAUGCUGUUGUGGGAGAUGUUCUCGUACUAACCAAACCUCUUGGUACACAAGUGGCCGUGAACGCGUAUCAGUGGCUAGAACAGCCAGAACGAUGGAACCGCAUCAAGUUGGUGAUUGGCGAAGAAGAAGUGCGGAAAGCUUAUCAACGAUCUAUGGAUUCUAUGGCCAGACUUAACAAAGUUGCUGCUCGUCUGAUGCACAAGUACAAUGCUCAUGGUGCUACCGACGUAACCGGAUUCGGCCUGCUGGGUCACGCACAGGUCCUCGCUAAACAUCAGAAGAAUGAAGUGUCCUUUGUCAUUCACAACUUGCCUGUCAUUGCCAAAAUGGCAGGCGUUGCGAAGGCAUGUGGAAACAUGUUUCAUCUUCUUCAAGGAAAUUCUCCAGAAACAUCAGGAGGAUUGCUAAUCUGUCUGCCGAGGGAGCAAGCUGCUGCCUAUUGUAAAGACAUCGAGAAGCAAGAGGGGUACCAGGCGUGGAUUAUUGGCAUUGUGGAAAAAGGACAGCGAACAGCUCGUAUCAUCGAUAAGCCGAGGGUCAUAGAAGUGCCUGCCAAGGACAGAGAUGUAGUUUUGUGGUAAGAAGGACGGCAACGACCAAGCUGAUUGUAUUAGUUUCUCAUGAGAUUCGCUUGAAACACCGGUCUGUUUUAUUCGAGUAAUGUGUACAAAUAAUUUUUCGGUAUGAAGUCUAUGUUAACUAUAAUUGAAAUUUGUGUGCCAGUGAACUUCUAACAUGUGUAUUCUUCCUAAUGAAUCAAAUGUACAUUUGAUGUGGAAAUCUUAUUGGAUAUAUUUCGCCAUUACUGUUUUAUCUAUCUUCAAUGAAUAAUCCAAUUUAGCAAGUACUCGUAUUUCUGAAUUUGUUCUAUUCUAGAGAAAUACCUAAAUAAUAAAAAAGUUGCACACUACAAUUAAACUGAUUUCCUAUUACACUGUUACACACUAUGAUAUACUUUCGAUAUUAUAUUCAGAAUCGAAUAAUUACAUUUCGAGUACUUGAUUUCAUCCAUUUAUUUUCUUCUGAUAUUGUUUAUAAAUGAUUUUCUUAGUUUAAUUAGAUGUUCUUUAAAAUAAGUAUGAGUUAUCGGUGUUAUGUAUUGGUUCUUCACUCAAUGUAAUUAUAGUAAGAAAUAUCCUACAAUAUUAUUUAUCAAAGCUGUAUGUGUAAAACAGUUUAAGCACUCUUGUUUAUUGAAGCCACUUUUUGUAAAACUACUGAAGUUAUGAAUAUUAUAAAAAUAUAAUCCUUCAUCUAUUAUAAGAAGUUUAUCUCGGAUUUUGAUUCAUAUUAUGUCCAUAAAUAAGCUCAAUUCAUAGUGAAAUAACUGCAGUCUUAUAUCAUGAUUUAUUUAUUCAUUGAUGAUUUACAUAUUCUUCAGAGUAGGAUGGCUUCUAGUGUAACAGGAACCGUUCAAUUUCGGUAUUUGUACCUACAAGUAGAUAAAACCUAAAUUAUAUUGUAUCAUUCAUUUCGCUAUCUCUUGACAAAUCGUACAAAUUUCGGCCUUAUACUUUUAUUAUAACUAUAGAUUCAUUCCCAUUACUGUGAGAAAAUGUAUUGCGUAGAACUAUCGUACAAUAAUUUAUAAAAAAAUGUAAAAUUCAAAUUAUUGAUGUCAUUAAGGUUUUAGAGCGUAGCUAGGCUAUAUUUAUACUUGCGCGACUCAAAUCGUGUGACUCCAGUCGCGGAUACUUCAGUCUUUCGUACCUUACGACUUCAGUCGCUUGUAUCGCAGUCGCGGCGUCGUCGAUACUUGAAUCACCUAGUCUGAGUGACACCAUUUAAAAGACUUGCGUCGCCGAGAGACUGAGUCUUGAGUAUCUCAACGAUUUGAGUCGCGCUAGCUUGGGUAUAGCCUUAAACUUCGAUAAAUGCUUUUUAUGUAUGUUACGUUCGACAAAAGAAAAGUUCUGGCAAAUCUUCUACAGGUGAUAACAUAAUUUCCUUUUUAUAAAACAUGACAAAAUCCAUAUUAAUUUCUCGAAUCCCCUAAAAAUCGUCCAAUGGUACAACCUAUUUGAUGAUUAAGAUUUAUGGACUUUCAGCACAUUUGAAAUUUGUCAAAAUGAAUGUCAUUUUAAUGGUCCAUCAAUUUUUAUUAAGAGUUAUAGAAACCGGGCAUCAUGUUUCGCUCUUUACAGUUAUGCAAAUAAACUUUUAAGUUUGUAAGCAUUAUGUAAUGUUUGUUGAAUCGCUUCAUAGGUCUACUAGCAUGACCUCUAUGUUCAUUCAACCAGAUCCUCACUGAUGUUAACAAUCUAAACAGUUUGUGUUGCUCAUCCAUUCUUUAGAACUGAGUUGAGCCUUGUAAUUAUUGGUAAUUCAUUUAUUAAAUAUUUAUUCCCAAAGUAACCAGAACUUUUCUUUUCUUUAAAUUUUGUUACUAGUUUCGAGUAGAUUUUCUAGACUGAGAUCAUGCCAUUAUGCAAAUGGCAUUGGUGUGAUAUUGUUACCUUAUUUCUGCCAUAAAUAAAUAUUUGGAUAUGCUAAAUUGCUAGAAGUGUAAAAAAGUACAAUUUUUGUUGAUUUGUAGAAAGGAAUUAGAGCAAUAAUAUGGGAUGAUAUGGUUGAUUUGUGCAUGCAUUUUCAUUUCUUACAAAUAUAGCUGAUACAUGAUAUGGCUUCUAAUCUGAUUCACUAUCCCAUUGACAAAUUGGGCUUCAAUGACAGUGCUUUUAAAAAUCUAGAUUUUAAGAUGUAUGUUGGAAAUGCUAACCUUUAUUAUAAAUAUUUAGUUGAAUUCAGUGUGAGAGAAGAAUUAUCUUGACCAUUUCCAUGGUAGAACACCCAAUCACUGUAGAUUUUCUCAAUCGAGGCCUAACCUAUCUUGUUUUCAACAUUGACUUUUGAAAUUUAUUGUUUUCAGUAUUUCUGAAUCAUGAGAAGAAUAACCACAUAAAACCAAGUUUUAGUUCGUAAAUGGAUAUUGUAUUUGUAGAUGUUUUCCAUUUGUUAUUGUAGUUCUAAAUUCCAAUGGUAACUAAAAAAUUGAAUGGUAACUAAACGUUGUCUGCAUAUUUGUUUGAUGGCUUUUCUUGUGGGAUUUAAAUAGUACUACCUGUUAAGGUUAUUUGUUUGCUGCUAAAUAUGCAUGUUUAUUGGAGAAAAUUGAUGUCAUCCCAAGUGUUAAGACAUGAUAGGUUGUGUAUUGUAAACCUUGAAAAAUUUAUUGUCAAGUGUGCAUAUUUUAGAUAUGUUUGAUAUUAGUUGAAAAUGGGAAGUCGAUGUUAAGCUUAGAUGAAUAAUUCCAAAUAUUAUACUUUCUACUGAUAAUAUUGACAUUUUGUUCUGUAUUUAACUGUUCAUAAAUUAUACGUUGAUGGUUCUUUUCUUUCAGAAUGUGAACUGUAGCUUUAUGAUCUAGAUUUAGACAAUCGUCGUUCGACGAAUCUUUCUCUGGUGAUAUUUGCAGUCUUCAUUCUGAAAGAAAAUUUCACAACUGGAGUGAUUAUUACUUAUAAAAACAUCUAUCUGACUUUGUUUCAUAUUACAGCUCAUUUAAAAAGUUGAUGUUUAUGAAUAAAAAUAUCUUUUUAUCUUUCUAAAAA